AAGUAAACCCAAUUAUAAAUCUAAUCAUGCAUGCUUACGAGACCCCCACACACUCUCAAUCCUCCCAUGCAAAAAACCAAUCACUUUCCAAAGAUGAAGAGAGAACAAGCUGCUGUGUACCUUGUUUUUGCACUGCUCAUGCUUAGAGCUCAAGAUGCAGAUGCCGAGUUAGGGCUUGAUUUCGAAACUUCUCCGGCAAGGCGGAGUUUGGUGACCACAAGAUUCAUGUUGGCAACUUGGGUAAGCCCUGCUCAAAUCCAGAAAGCUGGUCAAACCUCAAGGUGUUCACAAAAAGCCGUCAGGGCCAAACCCUAUCGGAAAUCAGAAACCGCCACCCAGACACGAUUGAGAUGUCGGCGGAGCACGCGGGCGAGCUCUAAUUAGCAAGCUGCAGAAGAUGCAGUUUUGAGAUUAGAUCAGUAUUCAGUUUGAUGAAUUUUCCGGAUCCGAGUUUAAUGUUAAUGUUUCCUAAUUUGCUGCUGAAUCUGGUUUCAGAGCAGCCAUAAAGAAGCAACAAUGAAUGAA